AUGGAUAUAAGCUAUAUAACUCCAAGAAAAAAUCACUAUCUUUCUCCACUCUUUGAAGAAAAACUCAAAGCAAAAUCUGAAUUUAUUAGACAAAAAUUCAAAGAAAGAAAUAAAAAAUUAAGAGAAAAAAGUGAAAUUAUAGAGAAAAAACAUAAGGAAGAAAUAGCAAAAUGAUCUGCAUGGAGAUACAAUAAUAGCCCUUUUGCAGUCAAUCAUUUAGCGAAACUUGAGAUUUUUGAGCAUGGUGUACAGAUGGAAAAUAGGCUUAAAAGAUCGAGAAGAUGCAAAAGUCAAGCUGGGCUUAGUUCUUGCAAUCCAAAACCGAAAAUAUUAUUUAAUUUGCAAAAUAAAAUGAGAAUUUUGCAUCAAAGUAAGAAAAAUGCUGAAGAAAAAUUAUUAAAUUCUCCAAUUACCUACAGAAAUAAUAGUCCAGAUCUAAAAUUUGGUAAAAAACGAAUAAGAAUCCCUAGCCUUGGUGAUUAUUGAAAAAUUAUUUAA